AUGUCGCAACUCAGCAACAGGUCCUUUUAUGAGGUGCUCAAGGGUUUAGAUGAAAACGCCGAGUACGGAACAUCUCUCAAUAUCGAAUAUGGCGAUAUCUCCCCGGCGAUGGGCGAUACAUGGUGCAGAAAUGGAGGCGAAGAGUAUUUCCUUUUCAAUCCAGUUCAUGUGACAGGCCUUAAGGAAUUGUACCAAAAUCCUCCUCGCUGCGAUGAUUCGAUUACAUACGAGAAAAAGAUGAUCAAUGUGGAAGGCGACCCUUUCAGAAAGUUUUCGCAAGAGAUUAUUCUUCUCAUAAUGUCGGAAUUGGACGUGCCCACCAUCUUUAAGAUGCGGCAAAGUUCACCAGCUUUUUCAAACACUGAGCUUAGAGUCGGUUUCUGGAUAUCGCAUAUCGUGGGCGAUAUGCCUUGGCUGUGGGAUUUCCCAGCUUCCACUUUGAUUCAUAUUGAUGGCGUUGAUUGGGAGCAAAUCUACCGUACCUUGUACCGGGGAAGUAGGUAUAAUAUGGCCCACGGAGUCCAAGUCAAUGGGCUGCGCAACAGGAGGAGAAUCUGGGAACAAAUGUGCCCUGUAUUCGCUGUACCAUAUCGGGAGAACGAGUCUGGUUGA